GUUUCCCAGAAUGUUUAUAACUCUCAAAGCUCAUAAAGAUAACAGAUAUACAAAACGAUCUUAAGCUUGUGAAAUAACGGCUUCUUUGAUUAGCUAUGGGAAACAUCGGAAGUCAGCCUUCGACGUUAAGCGACGAGGAAAGAAACCGCCUAGAUGAAAAUCUUGAACGGAUGGAAAGAAAUGAGAGAACGACGUUAAGCGACGAGGAAAGAAACCGCCUAGAUGAAAAUCUUGAACGGAUGGAAAGAAAUGUGAGAAUCACCUCCAAAAGCCAUUUUGUAUCGAGCGAGUAUUACCAAAAACGUGCUCAACGACUAGACUUUCUUACGACGAUAGUAUUACCUACUUCAGUUGCAGGACUAACGGCGAUAGUAUUACCUACUUCAGCUGCAGUACUAACGGCGACAGUAUUACCUACUUCAGUUGCAGGACUAGCGGUUAGCUUUAAUACAUCCAAAAGAAUUGGCGUUGCGUUCAGUGUUAUUGGUUUGGUCCUCGGUGGUUUUCAAAAACUCGACAAAAGUUCAGAUUAUCACCCAUCGAAAAUGCAGGCAAAACACUUUGAUGCGGGGAUCGGGCUACAAUCUUUCCACAGCGAGGUGAUGCUGUUUCGUCAGCUUCGUCUGAAGGAGAAAAGUUUGACAGUAAAGGAAUUGAGGAAGGAAUACAGAGAACUUAUCAAGAAGAAGGAGAGGUUUGAUAAGGUUAUUCCAACUGACACAUGGGCAUACAAGUGCGUGAAGGCUCAAAUUUUGGAAAAUCAGAAGGAAAAUGACAAAGAAAACUAAAUAACGUAACAAUGUUUCGGGAAGUCGGAAAAAUAGAAAAACAGAAAGAUGUUUAGUUUCAUGCACUCAGCAUGUGGCGUUUUUUGUUUUUAAAAGAAGAAAAAUAGAAUUCGCACAGCAUUAUAAUAAUUAUUUGCAUAACAAUGUACGUCUGUAGUUCCAUAUACCACGGAUCAUCAGAGAGCCGAACUGCUUUGAAUUCGUUGUUUUUUACGUACAAACAAGAUAGUCAAUGUGCUUACUUGAUUUUUUUUGCCUUAUAGAUGUCUUACUUCUAACUUUAAAAAAAUAGUUUGUCUUUUCUUGCGUGAUUAAAAUUAUGAUGUAUAACAUGUUAUA